GUUUUUUUUGCUCAUUCGUGUUUCUGUUUUCUCCGCGAGCAAACAAAGUGGAAAAAAGUGACGAAAAAUGCGUAAAAUUCACCCCUAAUUGCCGAUAGAAACGUGAAAAUCCCAUCUGAAUUUUCGUUUGCUCUUGGCAGCAAUCUACGGCGCCCUGUUCCGGACGAGGUUCUGUGUGGUUCUGUUCCUGUUCCGAUACGACCGCGGUGGUUGAGUGUGUUUCGAAAUGGACCAGGAGAAGCUGUUUACCAGCGUCGAGGAGGAGUGUCUUUACUGGAAGGAACGGUGCUUGAAACUCGGUCAAGAGCGCAAUGACGUGCAGCGGGAGUUUGACGACUUUACGGAGGAAUCGAGGCAGCUGGAAGCGGAGCUGGAGAUGACCGUGGAGCAGCAGGAGAAGAAGAUCCGCGAUUUGAACCAGCUGGUCAGCCAGAUGCGGAUUGAAUGUGAGUCAUUCAAGCGGAAGGUCGCCAACAGCGAGAACGAAUCCAACAAGAUCGAUGCCGAUUAUAAGCAGCUGGUCAAGGAGAAUGAAAAGUUCAAGGUUUACAUCCGCGAGCUGGAGCAAAAGAAUGACGACUUGGAGCGAGCGAACAGGGUGGCCAGCGAAAGUGUGGCCGAGUUCGAGUCGAUGCUGAACCAGGCUUACGAGAAAAAUGCUCUGCUAGAAUUGGAGGUGGACGAGAAGGAACGUAUGCAGAUUAAGCUGCAGCGGCUUAUGGACGAGGCACGGGAUUUGAAGCAGGAACUGAAGGUCAGACACAUCCCCAAGGGCGAGGACGAAGAAGACAUGACAAGCGUUCCGACGACGGAAGGCGCAGCGGAAGAGAAAACACUUGACGUUCCCACCGAGGAAAGACCCGAGACGCUCGGAUCCAACACCACUGCAAACGUAUGCCUCAGUACGACCAAACUAGAAACUCUCAACAACAACAUCAACAGCAGCAGAAAGACGGACCCCAGCGUGGUGGCCCUCACGAAAGCAACCAACAAACUUGACCUGGAAUCCACCCUCGGAUCCCUCAACGCCGUCGUUCCCACGCAGCUAGACGAGAGCACACUGCAGCAAAAGCUGAUCAUCGAACGUAACGGAAACCUCAACAGUCCCUCCUCGGCGCUCAUCCCAGCGCUGAACAACGCCGCGAUGGCCCCGAGCGAUCGCGUCUCCACGCUCAGCAUCGUGGCCGAUCUGCUGCGGCGGCUGGACAACAUGGAGGCAAAGCUGAAGGCGUGGAAAAUCCGCAAACCCUCGUCCCGCACGAACCUGGCCAGCUCGGGCAGCCAUCGGCACCGGGUCGGAACUGGCUCGAGUGGGCUAUGUCUGCCCGGCGGUGACAGCAACGCCUCCCUCAAUUCCAUCGGAAGCGGCGAAAGCUGUGGCAACGUCCAGCUGCACUCGUACCAACCGGGAGUGUCCACCAUCGGUACGCAAACGGCCCAGCAGGCGCAAGCAAGUAAGGCCGAACUUCGAACGAACAAGUAAGCAUAUAUUUCACUCGCUCUUUUACACUUAUGCGUAUACAAUGUAUUGUUUUUUUUUUAAUUAAAUUAUUAAAUUUAAUGGCUAAUGUUUUACAAUUAAGUUCGUCAAUGUGUGUUUUGUACAUACGUGGAGCCAUGUGUCGAAACGAGCGCAGAAUUAUUUGCAACUUUACGUUAGGCCGCUGAUCCGUUUCAAACAUAUAAUCAUAAGACUUACUGUUUUUUUCCCAAACGUGUCCCAUUGGCUUCGUUAGAGUUUCUAUUUUGAAGAAAAGCCUUCGUCUAUAUUUUUCGAAAGACUUUAAAAAACGUAAUAAAUUGUAACGAUUAAAAAGUAAACUUGUCAGAGUUUAAAUUUCCGCACUAAUCGCUUAUAAAAAAAAACCCCUGGAGCUAAGCAAAUCACAACACAAAAAUAAUAGCACACACACACAAACGCGUUUAAUCACUCAAAAUAGCAAACUCAACUAGUUAUGUGUGGAUAGAGAGAAAAAAAAACAUCAUCUGCUUCAAAACUAGAUUUGCUGCCUUUGGAAUGAGUAGCAAACGUGACUGUUUAGCCCAUGAACAUUAAAUAAACCGUACCCGCAUGAUUUCUCGACUUUAUAAAUGCUAGAAAAGAGAUUCAAACCUUGAAAACAAAAAACAGUUCAAAGAUAAGGGGGCAUCACUGAGCCCUACUGGACGGAUGAAAAAAGAAAGGUAAAACUAGCAAACGGAUAAAUAAAAACAAUGACAGUGUAACCCUACAUGAGCAUACAAUACAACUGUUGAAUAAAAAGGAUAUUUAUUGGAAUAGUUCUAACCAUA